CAUGAAGACCCAAGAAUAUCGUACCAUUGUCACGUGAUAAACACGUGUUGUUUUAUGUCACGAGAACCAAUUAUCGACCAAUGAGCAUGUUUAUGCUCCGAAAUUCUUUCCUUCAAAUCGAAACGGCCUUCUAUCCACUUCUGUCACUUCUUGCUCCCUUAUUAACCUAGGAAUCAUCUUCAGCAUGGCUAAAAUUGUGCUCUUCCUAUGUAUGUUGUCGUUUGGGUUUUGUGCUGCAAAAAUCGUGAAAUUCACUGUUUGUGAGGGUAAAACACUGAAAGGAAAACUUUCUGAGCUGGAGAUUAUUCCRUGUGAAGCAGAACCUUGUGGACUGAAGCGUGGGACGAAUGUGACCAUGAAGGCUCACUUUACACCUUAUGAAGAAGUAAAGGACGCAAAAUCAGUAGUUCAUGCAAAGGUUGCUGGUUUYAGUGUUCGYUUUCCACUUCCCAACCCAGAAGCAUGCCAUGACAGUGGCUUGACUUGUCCUUUGAAAGCUAAUGGAACCUAUGUAUUAAAUGCUAUWUUGCCUGUUAAGUCUGAAUAUCCAAAAAUUUCAGCUCCAGUUACCUGGGAAUUACAAGAUUCAAAUAAAAAUGACAUUUUUUGCUUUGUAAUUUCAAUUCACAUUGAAUAAUGCAGAAAUCUUUUGACUAAUGCAGAAAAUGUUUCAAUUGCAUUUAGCAUAACACCUGCUCGUCUGAGAAGUUUUUAGUUUAAAUUGUUUUUUUAAUAAAGGAUGAAAGAAACAGUAAUAUUAAUAUAAGUAUUUAAAUUGAUGUGAAGAGAUGAUUUCAUAAUGUAGAGUUAACAUCUGCCUGUGGAGAUGAUUGUACAGGAUUCAGCAAGCAGGUUACAAUGUUAUUGUAGUCUUAGAAGAUAAUGUUAUUUUUUUUUUCAUCUGUACACAACUGUCAGUAUGGCUGUAGAUUAUUUUAGAAAGCUGUUUUCAUUUUUUGUCUCUAUAUAAACCUAAAUUUCAGAAUGUGAAAUAGGCUGAAAGAACAAGGCUGCAUUAGCCAUAGUAGUUUAAGUGCAUUGUUGUGCUAACACAAUGAUUAGUUUUAAAUAUUUAGUAUAUUUGGUCAUGUUAUUCACUAUAGAGUGGUUUUCAUUAACCUUUGAAAUGCACKAKAUCAUARAUKGUWAUUGUAUAACUUUACUAGACGUUUUUCAUGAGAUAAUGAAAUAUUUCUACUUUUGAAUUGUUGUUUCUUUAUUAAUAUUUUGAUAUGAUAAAUAUUGAAAAAGUGAAAGUUUUCAAUUGAAACAUUUUUAUUAGUGGAUAUAAAAUUCUGCCAUUUAUUAAGUGAAUGUCAGCAGAUUGCAUGCCAUAUAUAUAUAUUGUGCAUGGCAAAAAGUUCCCAUUUUCCAGAUCCAGACCUGGUGGUUAUAGAUAGAUUAACUACAAAUAAAUAUGGUAUAUUAGAUCACAAAAAUUAUUAUUGACACCAAGCUUUCAAUUUCUAUAAAGUCCUUGUAAACCUCAUGAAUAAUUAAUGAGGAAAACACAAUAGAAAUCACAACUGUGAA